GGGCGGAGGCGGUGGAGGCCGAGGCGCCUCGGGCCCGUGGGGGGUUGCUGCCGCGUCCUCUGUCCUCGGCUCUUCUGGCGCCCGGCCUGGCAGCCAUGCAUCCCACGCCCCCGGGCCCGCUGGGCGACUGCCUGCGGGACUGGGACGAGCUGCAGCAGGACUUCCAGAGCAUCCAGGAGACCCACCGGCUGUACCGCCUGAAGCUGGAGGAGCUGACCAAGCUGCAGAACAAUUGUACCAGCUCUAUCACUCGGCAGAAGAAGCAGCUCCAGCAGCUGGCCCUUAUCUUGAAGAAAUGCAAACCCUCCCUCCCAGUGGAGGUCAAGGAGGCUGCGAAGGAGCUGGAGAGCCAGAUCAAGGAGCGCCAAGGCCUCUUCUUCGAUAUGGAGGCCUAUUUGCCCAAGAAGAAUGGGUUGUACUUGAGCCUGGUUCUGGGCAACGUCAACGUGACACUCCUGAGCAAGCAGGCUAAGUUUGCCUACAAAGAUGAGUAUGAGAAGUUCAAGCUCUACCUCACCAUCAUCCUCAUCCUCAUCUCCUUCACCUGCCGCUUCCUCCUCAACUCCAGGGUGACAGACUCCGUCUUCAACUUCCUGCUGGUUUGGUAUUACUGCACCCUGACCAUCCGAGAGAGCAUCCUCAUCAACAAUGGCUCCAGGAUCAAAGGCUGGUGGGUUUUCCAUCAUUAUGUGUCCACGUUCCUGUCGGGAGUCAUGCUGACAUGGCCCGACGGCCUCAUGUAUCAGAAGUUCCGGAACCAAUUCCUGUCUUUCUCCAUGUACCAGAGCUUUGUGCAGUUCCUCCAGUAUUACUACCAGAGUGGCUGUCUGUACCGCCUUCGGGCCCUGGGCGAGAGGCACACCAUGGAUCUCACUGUGGAGGGCUUCCAGUCCUGGAUGUGGCGGGGCCUUACCUUCCUGCUGCCCUUUCUUUUUUUUGGACAUUUCUGGCAGCUUUAUAAUGCGCUGACGUUGUUCAACUUGACCCGGGAUCCUGAGUGCAAGGAGUGGCAGGUGCUCAUGUGUGGCCUCCCCUUCCUCAUCCUCUUCCUUGGCAAUUUCUUCACCACCCUGCGGGUCGUGCACCAGAAAUUCCACAGUCAGCGGCACAGAAGCAAGAAAGACUGAGGCUGGGUCUUCUUCUGCCCACCAGCUCCAAAAGGGCUUCUGUAUCCCAUGUGUUGUUUGAGGGGGUAGAGACUCCCUUGUCCAGGAAGGUCUUUUCUGCUCUCCCUAGGUUUUGUGGGCUCUGUGGGCCCUGAAGGCUACACUGGAGAAGACCUGGGCCUGUGUCCCAGUCUGUGGGGAGCCGGGGGCCCGUGGCCUCAAUAAAGAAAGAGAGGCACAGAGGUGGCUUGAGGUGUGUGGUCUCCUGAGGAUAAGGCAGGGGCCUGGUAGCACUCUCUGCUGCCACAGCACAGGUUCUUGGGGCUCUCAGGUUGGUCCCUCUGGUGUCUGAGUUAGGAAAACCCAGGUGGAGGCCAUAGGUCUGUUCAAGGCACAUCAGGCAAGUACAGAAAACAGAU